CGAGCCAAUAGAUUUUCGGCAAAAUAUUUUACUGCAGUCAGUUGCGUAGUUAUUCGGUAGUUCAAUGGGUGGAACUAAAUCCAAAGCUACCCAUUGAUUACUGGUUGACGUCACGUCAAUCAACGUGAAUCAUUAUUGUCAAAACAUAAUCUCAAAGCAAAAUACAGUAUUUCUUUAAAAAUGUCUUCAAUGCGCAUGAAGGCAGCCAAAUGUCCAUCAGACGAACUGGCUAUCACCAACUGUGCUCUAGUCAACCCGGACGAUUUCCACAGUGAUGUUAAGCAUAUCGAGAUAUCAACAGCUCCAUCUCAACACUUUGUAUUCAGUAUAAGAUUUUACAGUGGAGUUGAUAGAGGCACCGUGGGAUUUUCUGCUCCACAAAGAAAAUGGGCUACUCUGUCUAUUGGACAGACUAUCGAAGUCAAACCAUUCAAGCCACAGAGUGCGGAAUGUUUGUGCAGUGUCACUCUGGAGGCUGAUUUUAUGCUAAAGAAAACAACCUCCAUGGAUCCCUAUGAUUCAGAGCAGAUGGCCAGAGACUUCCUCAUCCAGUUCUCAAACCAAGUGUUCACCGUUGGACAGCAACUUGCUUUCUCAUUCCAAGAGAAAAAAGUACUCUCUUUGAUUGUCAAGAACUUGGAAGCGGUGGACGUGCAAGCGCUGGCCGCUGGUUCGAACGCUGUACCUCGUCGGGUCCGUAUGGGCCGUCUGCUACCAGACGCCUGUAUACAGUUCGACAAGGCCGAGAACUCCUCGCUCAACCUCGUGGGAAAAGCUAAGGGGAAGCAGCCUCGUCAGUCGAUCAUAAAUCCUGAUUGGGACUUCGGUAAGAUGGGCAUCGGCGGUCUGGACAAGGAGUUCAACGCUAUCUUCAGGCGAGCGUUCGCGUCACGAGUGUUCCCACCGGAAGUGGUCGAACAAUUAGGCUGCAAACACGUGAAAGGCAUCCUGCUAUACGGCCCGCCCGGUACCGGUAAAACUUUGAUGGCCCGACAGAUCGGUAAGAUGUUGAACGCGAGGGAGCCUAAGAUCGUUAAUGGUCCCCAAAUAUUGGACAAAUACGUCGGCGAGAGUGAGGCCAACAUUCGCAGGCUGUUUGCUGACGCCGAGGAAGAAGAGAAGAGGUGUGGUCCGAACAGCGGCCUGCACAUUAUCAUCUUCGACGAAAUCGACGCUAUUUGUAAGGCGAGAGGCUCAGUGGGCGGCAACACGGGCGUCCAUGACACCGUCGUCAACCAGCUGCUCUCCAAAAUAGAUGGUGUGGACCAAUUGAACAAUAUUUUGGUCAUUGGUAUGACUAACAGGAGGGACAUGAUAGAUGAAGCGCUCAUGAGACCCGGGCGACUUGAAGUACAGAUGGAGAUAGGUUUGCCAGACGAGAAAGGAAGGGUGCAGAUAUUGAACAUCCACACCAAGCGGAUGAAAGAGUACAAGAAGAUCUCCGAGGACGUCGAUAAUAAGGAGUUGGCAGCCCUGACGAAGAACUUCUCCGGAGCUGAACUUGAAGGUUUGGUUAGGGCUGCGCAAUCCACGGCCAUGAACAGACUCAUAAAGGCAUCCAGUAAAGUGGAAGUAGAUCCUGAAGCCAUGGAAAAACUCAUGGUGGAGAGAGGAGAUUUCCUACAUGCCUUGGAAAAUGAUAUUAAGCCGGCAUUUGGUACAGCUGCCGAAGCCCUGGAACACUUCCUGGCUCGAGGCGUCAUCAACUGGGGUCUCCCUGUGUCUUCGUUGUUGGAGGACGGACAACUUUAUAUACAGCAGUCUAGAGCCACUGAAGCCAGCGGCCUAGUAUCCGUGCUGUUAGAAGGUCCUCCAAACAGCGGUAAGACGGCCCUAGCAGCUCAGUUGGCCAAGAUGUCUGACUUCCCGUUCGUGAAGGUUUGCUCUCCGGAAGACAUGGUCGGUUUCACUGAGACAGCCAAGUGCUUGCAGAUAAGAAAGUACUUCGACGACGCAUACCGCUCCAGCCUGUCCUGUAUAUUGGUGGACAAUAUCGAGAGGCUGUUGGACUACGGUCCUAUAGGGCCGCGGUAUUCCAACCUCACGCUGCAAGCCCUGUUGGUGCUUCUCAAGAAACAACCUCCCAAAGGACGUAAACUGCUCAUACUGUGUACCAGCAGUCGCAGACAAGUCCUCGAAGACAUGGAAGUUCUAUCAGCGUUCACUGGUGUACUCCACGUACCUAACCUGUCUCAACCUGAGCACGUGAUGACAGUGCUUGAAGAAAGCGACGCCUUCACUAAACGCGAUCUGGCCAAAAUACAGCACGACCUGAGAGGGGCCAAAAUUUUCAUCGGGAUCAAAAAGCUGUUGGCGUUGAUUGACAUGGUCAAGCAAAUGGACGAAGAGUCCAGGGUGUUCAAGUUCCUGACGAAGAUGCAGGAGGAGGGCGGCCUAGACCUGGGCACUACCAUACAAUAAGACAUACACCAACCUUAGGGAUCACACACGCAUACCACACUAACGCCCUCACCCACACACAGAAACAGAGCCACUGAAAGCUCCCCCUGCAUACACGACCUUAGGAGCUACGAGAUAGACUACGAUGACGUCAGCGAAUGUACGGAACCGCUAGUGGAUAGACUAAGAACUGCUAAAGGCGACGAGAUAUCACCGGCCAAGAUGCCCCUGAUGAGAAUCAGGAGUGUGGAAAUAGUCUUCGAAGAUGAAAUGUCCACUUGCACCGACACCGGCCUCCUGGACCGGAGCAUCGAACUCAUAGAAUCUGAUAGUGAUGAUUCCACUAAAUGUGUCGAUGACCUUCAUCUACACGCCGAGAGAGAGGAUUCGGUGACUCUAAACGCUGAUGUGGACCUGUCUGAUGAUUCAUUCUCUCAGGAUGCGCCAGUCUAUAUCCCUAAUAUACCCACCAUACAGAUAUCGAACGACGCACACGAUCAGACGGAUUCCUUGACCGUAGUCAAGGAUGAUGUCACAUUGUCAUUGAACGUCUCAGAAUUAGGCGAUUCGGGUCGAUUCACAGAGGAGCCGUCUUCCUCGCAUGUAGAUAAGCCGCUUGCUACAUACGACGCCUUACUAUCGAGGUCCUUCGAUUCAGUUAACACUGAGAGAAUGUUGAGUAUGUGUGAGAUAUCUGAUGUGAGCGAUGAUAAAAGCAAGCUGUACGAAUACAUUGAUAGCAACAGCGAUAGCUCCGACACCGCCGUCUGUGACGAGGAACAUCUGGCGCCCAAACAUGUAUCGCUCGACACUAAUUCUGAGGACACGAGUCUGUGUGAGAGUUAUGAUCUGCAGUACGACUCGUUCGUUGACAUUGGAAAGUUUUAAAUACAAUAAUCCUAAAAGCUUAUUGUUUUAUGAUAAUUACUUACACCUUCACUGUAAAAUUUAAUGUUUAAAAUGUAAUCCGGCUUGGUGUUUACAUUCCAUUUAGUAAGCUGAGCACGCUAACCGCCUUUAUAUUAUCAAGAUCUAUUUGCGCCCUAUGUUAUCUUUACACAGCUUUUGCUCGAAGGGCAGAGUGGUAUGCGACUCUAGUGACCAUGUCAUCGUUACUUCAUUGCUUCUGUUAGUGUUUUAUUUAUGUAAAUAUAGUCAGUUUAUUAGAUCCUUUAUAUUCCUUAUCCAACUGUGACAUGGUUACUGAUAUCCUGGGGUUGUAGGUCUAGCCAAUAGCUCAAUUUUGUAUAAUGUUAUAAACAAAAGCAAUAUUGUUUAAUUUAAUUUUUUUGUUAUGUUUAUAAAACGCAGCUUUAUGCUGUUUAGUUUAUAGGCAUUAUAAAUCAUUCAUUUUAUAAAUACGUAGCUAUUUAAGGAUAACAAUUAACAUGUCAAUAUGAAGUGUUUGAUAUAUACUAGUGUUAAAGAUCUUUGACACUCGCGUGUAGAGUUAGAACCUUUGCAGUGUUAUGGCUUAUAGAGCUAUCAAUUACUACGUGAAGAGUACAAUUAUUGAUAAAAUAUUAAGCUUUUGAUGUUGUACUUACUUUUCAAUAUUUAUGACUUGUAAUAUUUAGGACUUUGAAAGAUUUUUAGAAUACCGUUAUAUUAGUUGCUAAAAAUAAUGUCUACAUAUAAUAUAUUACGCAAAUUGCCUAAGUAAUCAAAUCCAAGGGAAAACUAUUUAAAGCUGUUAUAAAAAAAAAAAUUAUAAUAAAAAAUGUUACAGUAGAGUUAAUAUUAUUCAAUGCAUUGCUAGUUAGUUUUGCAUAGAACAUUCCAUACACCAUUUACUCAUUCAAUAUAUUUUAUUAUAAAAAAUGUUGAAAUUUUUUCUCUAUUGCUAAAUAUGCUUAUAGACACAGUAGUGUGCGUUGUAACUGUUUUGUCUGAGUGUAUAAUAUAAGUGUUAACCAUAUCAGCAGAUAAUCUACAAUAAAAAAAAAUGGUUUAUGGAAUUGUGUACAGUACAUUGUUUUAGUUGUAUUUAUAUCCUCUAUUUAUGAACCUUAUAUAUUUAAUAUGGGAUUUUUGCUGAUAUGUCCUGUUACAAAAGAAAUUAAAGAAAUUGACAAAUCAA